AUGGCAAAAAAGAAUAGCAGAAAGAAUGCUUAAAAGAGACAUAAAUUCAUUAUUAGACAAGAGUAGGAAAGAGAGCAAGAAGCUGUAAAGAGACAACAAAAGCGCGAAGAGAAAGAUAAGAGGGAGAGAGGCAUGAUUCAAAAGAAACCUAAGGUGCCUGCAGUGAUGUCAUCUGAAGCCAAAAAGAAGAAGUUACUUGCUAAAUAGCUUAAGUCCUUGAGUUUAGGAGAUAAAAAUAAGAAGUCUGGUAUUCAUAGAAAAGAUUCAAGUGACUCAGAUGAUUCAGAUGCUGGUCACAGCAUGAAUCAAAAUAACAGUAUGCAAUAAGCAGGAGGCAUGGACGUUGAUAUGAUGGGAGGUAAAAAUGUUGUGAGCAAAGGUAUCAAAAAGAAGAACAAGCUAAUGAGCAGAGCUUACUAUAUGGAGUUAAAGAAAGCUGCUAAGAGACUAGCUAAAAGUGGAAUCAAGCAAAGCAAGAAGUGA